UAGCCUCCCAGUAAAUAUAAGAUAUGGGGAUUAUCUGAUAGAGAUUUAUCCUAUGAAAUCACCUCCGAAAAUAAAUUAAAGCACGUAGCUACCAAUACAAAUAUGCGUUUUGUCCCAUCCAUUUUUCAGCACGGCGCUUUCCCAAAAUCCGCACAACGCCGCCGAGCCUGCCUGCCUUCGCGUGUGGUGCGUGUUCUGUGUUUCAGUGUUUGAAUUUCCAAUUUUCCAGUGUCUGAGGAGUUUGUGGCGUCGCACGGUCACAUUCACAGUGAGCCCCCCUUGAUUCCCCUAUAGCUUCACCAGCUUGCUAUUACGUUGAAUGUCGGUUUCCUUGAGACUCGUUGGCGAUUUUGCUCGUGUGUUGAAUACUCCUCCGCCCGUUUCUUUCAGAAGCUUUUCUUUAUAUCGCCCUUGUUAUCUGCCUCACACUCGCGUUUCGAGCCUUCUCUUGACCAUGCCUCGCAACCAGCGUAGGGGAGGUUCUAAAGAGCAACGAUGGGUGGAGAAGCCUAAACCCAGUAACCGGUCUACCUCAUCAUCGGCGACGGGAGGUUUCUCAAAUGCAGACAGUGAAGCUGUUGCUGACAGGCUUAACACUUCGAGUGCUGCAGCAAACAGGAAAGAGCAUGAUGUUGUUGUGUCAGUACCACCAUCGAUACAGUUUGGAAGCAUUGGUAUGGCAAGUCAUGCACCUGUUCACGGACAGAAAGCCCUAUGGAAACCUAGGUCAUAUGGAACGGUAGCUGAGAAAACACCAGCUGAUCAGGCGAAAGUCCUCGACCAUGGAUCUGGAACGAAGCCCGUCGAGAAAAGUAAAGUUGACAUCAAUGAAUUGUUUAGUGGUAAACUAUUGGAGAAUUUCACGGUGGACAAAUCGACAUACUCGCGUGCGCAAGUUAGAGCAACUUUUUAUCCGAAGUUCGAGAAUGAGAAGUCUGAUCAAGAGGUUAGAACAAGGAUGAUAGAGAUGGUAUCCAAAGGCUUAGCUACAUUGGAGGUUUCACUCAAACACUCUGGUUCACUUUUCAUGUACGCUGGACAUGAAGGUGGAGCAUAUGCAAAGAACAGCUAUGGGAAUAUUUACUCUGCUGUUGGGGUGUUUGUACUUGGACGGAUGUUCCGUGAAGCAUGGGGUUCACAAGCCCUCAAGAAGCAAGCUGAAUUCAAUGACUUCCUUGAGCGUAAUCGCAUGUGCAUAUCCAUGGAGCUGGUUACAGCAGUACUGGGAGAUCAUGGACAACGUCCUCGUGAAGAUUAUGCGGUUGUGACUGCAAUCACAGAAUUGGGCUGUGGAAAACCAAAAUUCUAUUCCACUCCUGAGAUUAUUGCCUUUUGCAGAAAAUGGCGUCUGCCAACCAAUCAUGUGUGGUUAUUCUCAACAAGGAAGUCGGCAGCAUCAUUUUUCGCUGCUUUUGAUGCUCUAUGUGAGGAAGGAAUAGCCUCUUCUGUAUGUAAGGCACUUGAUGAAGUUGCAGAUAUAUCUGUACCCGGAUCAAAAGAUCAUAUAAAGGUGCAGGGUGAAAUCUUGGAAGGUCUGGUGGCUCGGAUUGUGAGCCGCGAUAGCUCAGAACAUUUGGAGCAGGUUUUACAGGACUAUCCUCUGCCGCCACCAAUGGAGGGAGCUGAGUCAGGAUCCAGCUUGAGGGAAAUAUGCGCUGCGAAUAGAAUCGAUGAGAAGCAGCAAAUAAAGGCACUUCUCGACAGCGUUGGUACCUCUUUUUGUCCAAAUCAUGCCGAUUGGUUUGGGACUGGUGCAUCUGAAGGCCAUUCAAGAAACGCCGAUAAAUCUGUCGUGUCAAAAUUUCUUCAAGCACGCCCUGCAGAUUAUUCCACGACAAAAUUACAGGCAAGCUCCCAUUAUUGUUGCUUCCUGCUGUUUUUUGGUGUGGAAAUGAUUCGUCUGAUGAAGGAAAAGCGCUUUCCUGCUUCUUUUAAGUGUUAUCACAACUUUCACAAAAUCAACUCUCUGGCAAGUGAUGAUCUUCAUUUUAAGAUGGUUAUUCAUGUUCAUGCUGAUUCUGCUUUUAGACGAUUUCAUAUUGCAGGCACAACCCAGGACUUUGGCCACUAUAUCGAGGAUACUAAGGAGAGUACAACGGAGUUCUCCCCGGAAAUCAAUGUGGGUGGUGGCACAAAUGGUUCUUCUGCCCAAGAUGGUUUAGCUGAUGAAGAUGCCAAUUUGAUGAUCAAGUUGAAGUUCCUCACAUAUAAGUUAAGGACUUUCUUGAUUCGGAAUGGCUUGCAAGUUCUUUUUAAACAAGGUCCAGCUGCUUAUAAGGCCUACUACCUUAGGCAAAUGCAGAAAUGGAAUACUUCAACUACCAAACAAAGAGAGCUGACCAAGAUGCUGGAUGAAUGGGCUGUAUUUAUUCGUAGAAAAUAUGGAAACAAGCAGCUCUCUUCCUCUACAUACCUUAGUGAAGCUGAGCCAUUCCUUGAACAGUAUGCUAAGCGCAGCCCACAAAAUCAGACUCUGAUAGGAUCUGCUGGAAGUUUGGUGAGAUCUGAAGAUUUUAUGGCCCUUAUUGAUGGAGGCAGAGACGAAGAAGGUGAUCUUGAUCAAGAGAAAGAUAUGCCCUCAAGUCCAACUACCAUAGUGAAGGAAGCUAUCAGGAAGGAUGAAGGACUCAUUGUUUUCUUUCCAGGAAUUCCUGGUUGUGCUAAGUCAGCCCUUUGUAAAGAACUACUGAGUGCUCCUGGAGGACUUGGUGAUGAUCGUCCAGUCCGUAGUUUGAUGGGUGAUCUCAUCAAAGGAAGAUAUUGGCCGAGGGUUGCUGACGAGCGUCGCAAGAAGCCGUAUUCUAUUCUGCUUGCUGACAAGAAUGCUCCAAAUGAAGAUGUUUGGACACAGAUUGAGAACAUGUGUCGUAGCACAAAAUCGUCUGCAGUACCAGUUGUACCAGAUUCAGAAGGGACUGAAUCAAAUGCAUUUUCUCUUGAUGCCCUUGCUGUAUUCAUUUACAGAGUUCUUCAUCGCGUUAAUCAUCCAGGAAAUCUUGACAAGUCUUCUCCAAAUGCUGGAUAUGUGUUGUUAAUGUUCUACCACUUGUAUGAUGGCAAGAACCGCAAAGAGUUUGAGGCUGAUCUAAUAGAUCGUUUUGGCUCACUUGUGAAGAUGCCUUUAUUGGAAAGCAACAGGCCUCCUCUACCUGAAUCUGUGAAGUCUGUUUUGGAGGAAGGAAUAAAUCUAUAUAACCUUCAUUCUACAAGGCAUGGAAGAAUGGAGCCAACUAAAGGCACAUAUGCAAAGGAGUGGGCCAACUGGGAGAAGAAAAUGCGUGAGACUUUACUUGGGAAUGCCGAAUAUCUCAAUUCUAUUCAGGUGCCAUUUAAAUCUGCCGUUGAGAGUGUUCGCAAACAACUUAAAGCAAUUGCUAAGGGAGAGUAUACAGCGCCUAGUACGGAAAAACGUAAAUUUGGGACCAUUGUCUUUGCCGCUGUCAGUCUACCAGUUUCAGACAUCCUAGGUUUCUUAUCCGAUUUAGGUCAGAAGGAUCCUAGAGUUGAAGGGUUUCUCAAGGACAAGAACUUGAAAAACAUCCUCACGAAAGCCCAUUUGACCCUGGCCCAUAAGCGAAGUCAUGGUGUGACUGCUGUAGCUAGUUACGGCCCAUAUGUCAACCAAAAUGUACCCGUUAAUGUGGUUGCAAUGUUAUUCUCGGAUAAAUUGGCAGCUUUGGAGGCCGAUCCAGGUAUGGUUGAUGGCGAGAAAAUUACUUCGAAAAACGAGUGGCCACAUGUGACGCUAUGGACUGCCCAAGGAGUUGCGCCUAAAGAAGCAAAUACGUUGCCUCAAUUGCUUGCUGAAGGGAAAGCUGUUCGGGUCGAGGUUGAACCACCUGUCAUGAUAACUGGAGUUUUGGAAUUCUUCUGAGGAGCAGUUCUUUUUUGUGUUGGUUACCUAACCUGUUUUGGUUCCUCAAAAUAAUGAGAAGAACAGUUUUGUAGCAGACAGUACCUCUUCAUCGUAACAAUUUCGUUUUUUUAUUUUUGCUGAUUUUGCCUUUGUCGAUCACAUGGAAUGUAAAUAACCCAUCGUCCUAUCUUUGAAAGAGGCGACGCGCUUUGUUAAUUUGUUAAGUAGUACAAAGGAUUUUGCCUCCGACGAUCAAAUGAAAUGUAAAUAACCCAUCAUCCUCUCCGAAAGAAGUUACGAUCAAAUGAAAUAUAAAUAAUCCAUCGUCCCUCUUUGAAAGAAGUU